GCGUCGAUUUUCUUUGGCUUCCAACUUCAGCGAUAUUUUUGCUGAUGCCGCAGAGGCGACAGCCUGUGCUGCAGAGGUGUCCACACGGCAUCAAAUCUCGCCAAACGUGCAGGCCCUGCUGGACUCUUUAGAGUCUUUAGCGGAGGCAGCUUCGACGCUCAUCCAGGCAAGCGAAGUUGAAGAGGCCGUGCAACUGUUGGAGCACGCGUUCUCAAAGGUCGAGUCAGAUGACCAAGUGGACGAGGUGGCUUUGGCCAGGAUCGGGGUGCAGGUGCUGCUUUGUGCGAGCCUGUCACAG